AAAAUAGAAUGUUAUUCUACAUUCUGUGUCAAUAAAAACAAACAUACACAAAUUUUCAGAUUAUGGUGAACAAAUAAAAGUUUUUUCAAUAGUUGCCUACUAAUAUUUCAAAGAUGGAUGAUUCAAAAGAAAAUGAAGGAGUUUAUCGGUUCAAGUGGUUUAUGUCAUUAUCGAGAAAUCGCAAUAUAAAGCUAGAUGAAUCCAAAAAUAAUAUCAAUGCCAGAAACACAUUGGACAAUAGAAGUGGUAUUUUUUGCACAUUGAGAAAAAGAAUUCAGAAAAAAAUAUCAUCCAUCAAAGUAAAAGCUUAUGAUUCUAAUUCGGUGCAGGAAACUUCCAACAGAGGAGUAUUUCCAAUGGACUAUAAUUUACCGGAAUCCAGCGACGACUUUGCACGGAUCGUAAUAGAAAGACAUACUCAACACCCAAUUCGAUUUUCUUCACCGAACUCAAAUGCAACUUCUGAGGCAAACUCUAAUGCAUCAGAUGAAAUUCCUUUGCCCAAUAUGAGAUCAGCGAACACAAUCACUGAGGCAGCUGAUAAUAUGAACUUAGAUAAAAUUAUGGAAAACAUGCGAAAUGAUUUGCUUAAAUAUGGUUGGUAUUGGGGAAAGCUAACACGUUCUGCUGCACAAAAACGUUUAGCUAGAAAAUGCAAUGGAACGUUUCUAGUGCGAGAUUCAGAAACGGAGAAGUACCAGUUUGCAGUUAGUUUCAGAAGCUCCGGGAUAACUCUUCACUGCAGGAUUGAUUAUAAAGACAAUUAUUGGUCGUUCUCUGGUCUCACUACUCCAACUCAAUACAAAACAUUAAUAGAGCUGAUUGAAGAAUCGAUGAAAAAAUCUGAGUUUGACGUUAUAGGCUUUGGGAAACAAACUUCACCUCUGACUCCCCCGUUUCCAGUUCGAUUAACAAAACCAGUUAACCGUUUUUAUGAAGUAUCCUCAUUGCAGCAUUUAUGUAGAUUUAUAAUUAGACAACAGGUUGAAAUUGAAAAUAUAGGCAAAUUACCAUUACCUAGCAAAUUAAAGGAUUACGUAGAAGAAAAUUUCUAUGAUCAGUAAUAUUCUCAAUAUGAUUUAUUAACUACUAGUAAGUAGUUACGCAUGUAAUGAUUAAUAUUGUAAAUAACUAAAUGCUUAAUGUCUGUGAGUAAAAUUAUGUC